ACUUCAAAUCUAAUCCACAAAGCCUUUCACACCAUCUCUUCUGUCUCUCUUUUCCUUUUCCCUCAUUAAAAUAAAGAGAAAUGGAAGAUUACGAGCAAAACUCAAACUCUCCAGCUCAUGAAGAAGAUUCUGAUGUACGGAAAGGUCCAUGGACUGAAGACGAAGAUGCUAUUCUCGUCAACUUCGUUUCCAUCCACGGCGAUGCUCGCUGGAACCACAUAGCUCGUUCCUCAGGGCUUAAGAGAACUGGUAAGAGUUGUAGAUUAAGAUGGCUUAACUACUUGCGUCCAGAUGUUAGACGAGGCAACAUCACUCUCGAAGAACAAUUUAUGAUCCUCAAACUCCAUUCUCUAUGGGGCAAUAGGUGGUCAAAGAUUGCACAAUACUUACCGGGAAGAACAGAUAAUGAAAUAAAGAAUUAUUGGAGGACCCGGGUGCAGAAACAAGCUAAACACCUUAGAUGCGAUGUUAAUAGCAAUCUUUUCAAAGAGACAAUGAAAAAUGUUUGGAUGCCUAGACUAGUGGAAAGAAUCAACGCCCAAACACCAUCCCCCACGUAUGAGCAAGUGGAGUCUAUGGUCACCGAUCCACCUAUCGAGGAACCGAAUCCGGUCGAACCGGAUUCGGUUCAAUUUAACCAGAAUUAUCAUUGUCAACAGCAACAGUUUGUGCCAGCGUCAGACGUGUCCGCAACGUCUUCGAAUUCGCCAGCUGAGACGUUAUCAGACGUUCAAGGAGGGGUAGUGAACGGGACGGUUUAUGAUCCACCGGGUCAAACGGGUUUCGGUGGGUUCAACGAUUGGGGCUGUGUUGGUGGGGACAACAUGUGGACCAAUGAGGACAGUUUUUGGUUAUUCCAGGACCAGUUGUGUAAUGAAACGACAUCGUAUUUGUAUAAUUAAGGAAAUAUACGAUUACGGUACGUAACGAGGAAUUCAAUUGCGUCACGUUUGGUGUAAUAUUCAUUCGUGCGUGAUGCCAUUUUAGAUACGGCCUUGGUAUACGAAACUUGACUUAAUUCGAUCGACAUGUUUUAAUUUC